CCUCAGUGAGACUUGACUCAACCAAUUUAUCACCGUUCUCAUUAAUUGGUAUGGCGACUAUAAAGUGCCCUUAAGCGCUGCAUUCAGGGUCGAUCGGGAGAAUUCUCUCUCUGCAACCUACCUUCUGAAGGUGUGCCAAAAAUGGAGGAAGACGAGGGUGCUGCGGGAGAUGCAGAGAGGAGGGGCUCGGACUCGGGGAUCACAGCCCUGCUGACCAAAACCAAGGAGUUCUUCCAGACGUGUGACGUGGAGGGAAAAGGAUUCCUCACCCGCUCGGAUAUGAGGAGGCUCCACAGAGAAGUGCCUCUGUCUGCAGAGGAGCUGGAGGACGUGUUUGACUCCCUGGAUAUGGAUCAUGCCGGUUACCUCACACUGGAGGCCUUUUCCUCCAGAUUCAGUCAGUUUCUGCACGGACGGAGGAUCUCUGUAACAGACGACCAACAUUACGCCUCUGGCCCCGUCCUUAAAGCCAAAGAAGCUCUUUACCAGAGCCAGUGGGAAGCCAAGCUGUCGGGCGAUGGAGAUGAGGAGGAGAGGCACUUCUGCAUGCUGCUGGAGAGUCUGGGAGCCAUUAAUAUCUUUGAGGAUCCAGGUGAAAUACGAAGUCUUUGGACUCAGUUCAGGCGAGAUGAGCCUCAUCUUUUGUCCAAUUUUGAGGAGUUUCUGGCCAGAGUCACACUGCAGAUCAAAGAAGCCUACCAGGAGAAGAAGGAGAUGGAGAGUGCUUUACAGAGGAAGGCUGCAACACAUGACAGCGAGAUCCGUCAUUUGUACGAAGAGAUGGAGGCUCAGAUAAAGACGGAGAAAGAACGGCUGUUAUUGAUGGACUCUGAGCGUCUGCAGCUGCGCAGCCAGGACCUGGAGCAUCAGCUGGUGUCAAAGGAGCGAGAGCUCGAGUAUCUUUUCCAGAAGCAGAAACGGUUGGAGCUCCAGUGCAACGAGCUGGACAGCGAGAAGCACGAGAGCCACGUGGAGAACCUGAAGCUGAAAAUGACCAACGACGAGCUGUCCAGAGCGCUGGAGUGCACCAGCCAGGAGCUGGCUCUGGCCCAGGAGCAGCUGGGGAUGCUGCAGGAGCAGGCCAGGCGGCUGCAGCAGGAGAAGGAGAUGGAAAUGUACAGAAUAACCGAAGGACUUCAGAGAGAGAAGCAAAGUCUCAUGAGGCAGCUGGACCUUCUCCGGGAGAUGAACAAACAUUUAAAAGACGAGAGGGACAUGUUCUGUGAAGUGCCUCGAACAUCUGUCGCAAAAAAGCAGAGGGCAGACGCCGUUGAGAUGUUUGAUGAUGCGUCCAAGCUGGAUCAAAGUGAAGAUGACAAAGAUGAUAACUUCACCAUGACUGACGCCACCUUUUCAAGCCAGCAAAGGCCGACAUGGAGGACAAAUCUGGCAAACGGAGGCGUCAGUCCCGUCCAAAGUUCGUACGACGUGAAGCCAAAGAUCAGAAAGGAGCCAAACAAAAUGACUAAUAAACUGCUGAGAAGUGCAUCGACGCAGAGAGCGGACGACGAGGUCCUGGAUCCCGACGGGUGGCCUCUCCGCCGGGUUAUCUCCAUCGAAGAGGACCACUUGCCGCAUCUCCUUCUUCAAGACGGACCACAGCCUUUACUGCACCAACUCAGUGAAGAGGAAGACGAGAAAGCACAAACUGAAUCCCCCGUCGCCAUGGCUACAAAUGCCUCUUUAGUACAGCUUUCCAGGCACGCUGGAAAGCUCGCAGAAGACGCAUCUGUGAAGAAAUCUUGCUCUGCAAGAGGGAAGAAGACACCAGUGUCACCAAGACAACAGCCUGUGGGGAAAGAGAGCCAGCAAAUGACAAAAGAAAGAACUGUGUUUGCUCCGGAUCGUUUAUUCAAGGUGGUACUUGUCGGAAACUCCUGCGUAGGCAAGACAUCCCUGCUGCGCUCCUUCUGCGAGGGCCGGUUCCACCCGUCCUCUACUACUACUGUGGGUAUUGACUACAGUGUGAAGACCUUAACCCUUGACAGUAUGCAGAUAGCCAUGCAGCUUUGGGACACUGCCGGUCAAGAAAGAUACCGCAGCAUCACCAAGCAGUUCUUUCGUAAGGCGGACGGCGUGGUUGUGAUGUACGACGUCACGCUGGAGGAGAGCUUCAAGGCUGUGCGACCCUGGCUCCUUAAUGUCCAGGAAGCAGCAGGAGAAGGAAUCCCCAUUCUUCUUCUGGGCAACAAAAUGGACAUGGAACAAGAGAGGGAGGUGACACUGAAAGCAGCAGAGAGACUGGCUUUUGAAAAUAAGGUGAUGUUUUAUGAAGUCAGCGCCUACACUGGCAAGAACGUGACCGAGUCUCUGACUCACCUGGCCAAUUUUUCUUCUUUUGGCUCAGAGUAUUAAUGGAGCAGGAGGACAGGGUGAGAGACACAACUGUCACCCUCUCUGCAGCUCAGCCCAUUAAGAAGAAAACCUGCUGCAAGUGAAAAUCCAGCAGCAACAAAUUAUCCGGGAGAAAUUCAAGCUCGCACGUCGGAUUUAACAAGUACUCAGGCGCUCGUCAGCGAACGAACAGAAUUUUCAACACAAAAGGAAAGAAGGAAACAGAUUGGUGUUAACAAGCACUUUUCAUUUUGACCUAUAUGCUCAUAUUUGCGUAGAGGACGGAAUUGUCAGGUUGGGGGACUGGAGGAAGGAGUUUCCAUAUAGAGAAGAUGCACUAAUUCUUGUAAAUAUCAAUGCUCCCAAUCUCCUUAAUGAUCCCAAAUGAUAAGAAAAUUAAGACUUUCUAUUUAUCGUAUCCUCCAAAUUUUUGAUAUUCCCCUAACAAAUCCCCAACAACAUAAAUAAAGACAUGCCGCACACGUGUUUGUUUGUCUUCUGAAACCUUUUCUUGCUUUAUUCAGAUGUCAAAGCACAUUUUAACUGGGCCAAAGAAACAAAUACAAUUUUAUUUCACAUCGUUUUUUCUUUUUUUUUUUAACUCCGUUAGCAACAUGCAAACAUUAGGUGAGGCGAUUCAACACGAUGAGUUUCUGUACUUCUUAUACAAUCGUGGCGUUAAAACAUUCCUGAACUGCACAGUUUGUCUGUAGUCUUCUCAAAAGAAAAAGUGAGACAGAGAAAAUCUGUUCCCUAGUUUGGUUUGUUGACGUCUAUUUUGAACUGGAGCUUUGUGGUGUGAUCCAUAUAAACUCCCCUCAAAAAAAAAAAAAAAAAA